AUGAAUGUUUUGAUACUCGGUUAUGUCUUCAAAUAUUUUCCUGCUUUUGAUUACAUUUCGCUUUUGUUUGAUGAAAGCAAAAAAGGCGUCGUUUUAGAAGUAAAGCUAUACAUUCAAGCCUUCAAGCAUUCUGCUAAAUAUAUCGGUUUUGGUAUCUUCAUUCAAAUGAAACAUGUUUGCCGUCAUUCUAAAUGUUAA